AUGUGGAAGGGCUUGGGCUUCUUCUGGUGUCAACAACAGAGGUGGGCUCAGUGUUGCCCACAUAGCAAUUCUCCUUGUUGCUGUUUUGAUUCCACUUUUGCUGCUGCUGCUGCUGAUUGUGGUGGUGGUGGAGAUGUUGAUUUUGCGGGGGCUGUGGCUCUGAAAUUGAAGAAGAGAAAUCUAACACCCCCUUCCCUUGAAACUGCUCAAAGGAUAAGGGCAUGGCCUUCAUCUAACAAAAUAAACACUGACCCAAAUACACACAAACCCAAGAACCCAGCAACCUCCAGUUUUUUCAUGACCAACAGAGAGAGAGAGAGAGAGAGAGAGAGAGAGAGAGCUGGUGGUGGUGUCAUGGGGUAG